UGAUAAAUGUCAUAUUGUGAUAACAACGGACCUAAUUUUUUUAACUACAGCGGGAAAUAUAAAACCAAUUUCAAAUAGCUUAGCUUUGAGGUGGCACUGUAUUCCUAUGUUAGCACCAGACUCUGUCUUGGAAGUUGAGAGAGGCUUGGAGCUGUCGAAGAUGUGUCAGGGUGAUAUCCCAGCCAGAUAGGAUAUAUGCAAUUGUAAUCCAUUACUUCAUGAAUGGCAGAAAGAGUUCAGCAGAAAACUACCGAUCUAUCAGCCUGACCUCACAUAUCUGCACGCUCACGGAGAGAAUCCUGAAGGAAGGGAAUCAUUCACCAUCUUACAGUGCGCAAACUAGUCAAAUCAAGGCAACAAGAUUUUGUAAAAAAAAACACAUCCUGCCUUACUAACCUCCUCACAUUUUUGGAGACGGUAUUAGGCUAUUCAGACAAAAGACUUUGAAUAAAUGAACACAUAGACUUUGAAUAAAUAAAUACAUAGACUUUUCUAAAGCUUCUAAUAAGGUACGACAUGAAAGACUGGUAGUAAAAUUCCAAGCACAUGGAAAAAAUGGUAAAGUACAAGUAUGGAUUAAACAAUGAUUAAAACAAAGAAGGCAAAGGGUCCUCCUAACAGCAUUACCUUGCAGCAGAUUGUUGAAGAAAAGCACCUUGGUGUCAGAAUUUACAAUUCACUUAAAGUUGCACAACAUAUGGGAGCUGCAGUAAAAAAAUUUACCAAACCUUAGGAAAAAUCAAGCAAACCUUAGACGCCAAGGAAAAUAAAGUAUUUGUUUUAAUUGUAUAAAUCUCUGGUGCGCCCCCACUUGGAUUAUUGUGUCCAAGCAUGGAGACCUCAUCUUCAGAAAGACAUAGCUGCUCUGGAGAAAGUUCAACACCGCACAACAAAAAAUAAUUCCAGAACUAAGUCAACUCCCAUAUCAGGAACGGUCGAGGGCCAAAGUGCUAACAACGCUACAAACCAGGCAUGAAAGGCCGGAUCUCAUCGAAAAUUUUGAAUUACUGAAUAGUUUGGAGGAUGUUGAUCCGAACUACGUCUUUAAAACGUCAGAUGUAACAUAGAUACUCCAGUAACAUAGAUGCUGUGGCUCCAGAUACUCCAGUAACAUAGAUGCUGUGGCUCCAGAUACUCCAGUAACAUAGAUGCUGUGGCUCCAGAUACAAGGAGCCGUAGCAUCACGCUCAACAAGCAACACUGUAGGACAGAAAUACUGGAGUUGCUUUUUAGUCACGGAAUCGCCGACCCUCCGAAGCAGUAAAUGUCAAAAUAGCACUGCAGUUCAAAAUCUAGUUAGAACAAAUCUUGGGGAACAAUUGGGGGGACCCUUGACAAGCCGCCGGCUCCCCUGUCUUCGUCGAGGCCGCUAGAGAGAGUGUGUAUGCCUCGUGUAAAUUAAGAAAACUUUAAUACCUGCCAGAGAGUUUAAAACUGACAUCUGUCAAAGUGCUCACUACUCUUGAUUACAUUCAGGCAAACAUUACAGCUUCACUGUCUGUCUAGCUUACUGUCUGUCUGAAUGUCUGUCUAAAUGUUUAUAUAUCUGAAUGUUUGUUUGUGUUUGUCGUUGUGUUUACUGUGUGUCUAUGGGUUGGCUGUCUGCCCCGCCAUGCGCAUCACAACAGUCAGUUACCGUGUGCGGGGUUGCCAUGACGACCACCACCAACACAUGGCGGACAGGACCUGUUGAUGUCUCACAUCGAUACCGUCAGUGUCCGUCGUCUGCGGGGUAGACAGUGGGUGUCACUCUUCCUCUUGCCGGGUAUAAACAAACAUCCCCCCUCAAUACGCUGCCUUCACUCCUCUUCAGUUAUAAACUCCUGAACCGUCAACAAAACGGAUGUUUCAAGACAUGAAAACCUCUCGGUGAGGCUACUGGCCGGAGCCUCAGGCUACCUGAGGGGAAUUGGACUAGCAUUCCCCUCAGCUCUGCUAUCUUUCUUAAUGCUUAGGAGUUUUACUGCGGUUUAUAAUCCACAAUUACGGCCGUAAAUACCAAAACUCUUGUAAGUUUUAAAAUCUAACUGGAAAGAGAGCAUCAAAUGGGGGAGGGGGGGAGGGACUUUCGACAAGCCGCCGGCUUUCUGUCCUCGACGAGGCCACUAGGGUUAGUGGCCCUCAGGUAAAUCUGGUAUGUCAUGCGCUAAUAUGACACAACGAGAUAUGGUAAGAUUUAUAUGAAGGAACUCAGCCUUCGGCCUGGUCCCACCCCUGGUGUGUGACCCAUCGUCCUAGUCCCACCCCUGGUGUGUGACCCAUCGUCCUGGUCCCACCCCUUGUGUGUGACCCAUCGUCCUGGUCCCACCCCUUGUGUGUGACCCAUCGUCCUGGUCCCACCCCUUGUGUGUGAGACCCAUCGUCCUGGUCCCACCCCUUGUGUGUGACCCAUCGUCCUGGUCCCACCCCUUGUGUGUGACCCAUCGUCCUGGACCCACCCCUGGUGUGUGACCCAGCGUCCUGGUUCCACCCCUGGUGUGUGACCCACUCCAUAAGCGUGACAGCUGGUAAUAGUCCCACUCCUUGUCCCAUACGUGACACAUAAUUAAAGUGUUCAGAUAAAGGAUGCUAUACCAAGUAUGUGUAGUGGUGAUAUAGUGACAGACAUAAGAUACAACAGCUUCAGCUCCCGUGGAUCACAACCCUAUUAUGGCAGUUUUGAUCAAUACAUGUCUACCUAUUAGAAAUAAGAAAAUAUGUGUGACUCUAGAUCUUGCUUAACAGUUUAGUAAAUAAUACACUCAAAGCAAUGUUAGAAAGGCGUGGUAAGGAGAGGAUGUGGGGCCCACCUUCCAUACCCCGAGGGCUGGGGCAGUGACCCGUCUCCCAUACCCCGAGGGCUGGGGCAGUGACCCCUUCUUCCAUACCCCGAGGGCUGGUGGGGCAGUAGCCGGCAUGACGUCAGUAAGGCAGGAGAGAGGCGGGAAUAUCGGGGAACAAGCCAGAUAUAGAUCACAGAGCCAGCCCGGCCACUCCCGCCAGAUGUCCAUCACUGGCCGUGUACAAGACGCAGCAGACAACAGUUCAGCAAGCCGCAGGGGCAGGAAGGAGUGGACCAUAUAUGGGGUGAGUGCCAGGAGGCAUCACUCCGCUCAUCCUAACCCAGAGAGUUAUCUGUCCGUGAGGUCGUGUGGGGCGUCGUCGUGUGGGUCUGUGCACGCUGUACAGCCAUUCACCCCCGCCUCCCGCAUGCGGGGUGCCAGGGUGGGACGCCCACCCAGGCUAGGGGUCUUCCGCCCACGCCCAGCCCCGCCCACCACCUUCAGGAAGAUGUAUGAACGUGGAGACGUGCCUGUGUCCCUGCACCACGACCACCACGGCCACACACUGCGCUGGAAGGUGGAGGUGGAGAAGCUGGACUAUCACCACUACCUGCCGCUCUUCUUCGACGGCCUGAGGGAGGUCGCCCAUCCCUAUGACUUCUUCAGCAGGGCUGGCAUCCGGGACCUGCUGGCCAGGGGAGGAGACAAGAUUCUUCCAGUUAUUCCUCAACUUAUCCUCCCUAUCAAGAGCGCACUCAACACAAGGGACGUGCGGGUGAUCUGUACAGUGCUGAAGGUGCUCCAGGAGCUGGUCCUGUCGGCGCCUCUGGUGGGAGAAUCCCUCGUGCCCUACUACAGGCAGAUCCUUCCCACUCUUAACCUCUUCAAACACAAGAAUGUAAAUUCUGGAGACGAAAUCGACUACUCCCAGCAGCGCCGGGAGAACCUGGGAGACCUAAUUCAGGAGACGCUGGAGAUCCUGGAGAGACAUGGAGGACGCGACGCUUACAUUAACAUCAAGUAUAUGGUCCCGACCUACCAGUCCUGCGUCAUGAACUGACGGGCGCCAUGGCCCUAGUACUGCCCUCUAGUUGAGUGUAGGGACUGGUCCUAACACCUGAACCCUAGUACUGUCGUCUAGUUGAGUGUAGGUACUGGUCCUAACACCACAGCCCUAGUACUGCCCUCUUGUUGAGUAUAGGUACUGGCCCUAACACCUGAGCCCUAGUACUGUCGUCUAGUUGAGUGUAGGUACUGGUCCUAACACCACAGCCCUAGUACUGCCCUCAAAUUGAGUGUAGGUACUGGUCCUAACACCUGAGCCCUAGUACUGCCCUCAAAUUGAGUGUAGGUACUGGUCCUAACACCACAGCCCUAGUACUGCCCUCUAGUUGAGUGUAGGUACUGGUCCUAACACCUGAGCCCUAGUACUGCCCUCAAAUUGAGUGUAGGUACUGGUCCUAACACCACAGCCCUAGUACUGCCCUCUAGUUGAGUGUAGGUACUGGUCCUAACACCACAGCCCUAGUACUGCCCUCUAGUUGAGUGUAGGUACUGGUCCUAACACCACAGCCCUAGUACUGCCCUCUAGUUGAGUGUAGGUACUGGUCCUAACACCUGAGCCCUAGUACUGCCCUCAAAUUGAGUGUAGGUACUGGUCCUAACACCACAGCCCUAGUACUGCCCUCUAGUUGAGUGUAGGUACUGGUCCUAACACCUGAGCCCUAGUACUGCCCUCAAAUUGAGUGUAGGUACUGGUCCUAACACCUGAGCCCUAGUACUGCCCUCAAAUUGAGUGUAGGUACUGGUCCUAACACCUGAGCCCUAGUACUGCCCUCAAAUUGAGUGUAGGUACUGGUCCUAACACCUGAGCCCUAGUACUGCCCUCAAAUUGAGUGUAGGUACUGGUCCUAACACCUGAGCCCUAGUACUGCCCUCAAAUUGAGUGUAGGUACUGGUCCUAACACCUGAGCCCUAGUACUGCCCUCAUGCUGGGCACACAUUGAGACGGUUCUCUGGCCGCUACCCCACAUAUUGACCAGUGUGUAUAUAAUACGAGCAGAAGCUAAGGCUCCGUGGAAGAGGGAAGAUCUUGACAAGUUAACAUGGUGAUACUAUAAGUUGGUCAUGAAGACGACUUAGGGGCGACCACAACACAGUGGAACACCAAGGUAGCCUAGCUCCUGAGUGUACAGUGGAACACCAAGAUAGCCUAGCUCCUGAGUGUAUAGUGGAACACCAAGGUAGCCUAGCUCCUGAGUGUACAGUGGAACACCAAGGUAGCCUAGCUCCUGAGUGUACAGUGGAACACCAAGGUAGCCUAGCUCCUGAGUGUACAGUGGAACACCAAGGUAGCCUAGCUCCUGAGUGUACAGUGGAACACCAAGAUAGCCUAGCUCCUGAGUGUACAGUGGAACACCAAGAUAGCCUAGCUCCUGAGUGUACAGUGGAACACCAAGAUAGCCUAGCUCCUGAGUGUACAGUGGAACACCAAGGUAGCCUAGCUCCUGAGUGUAGCCUGAAUGUUGAUCAUCGUCCUUGGGGUUAUCAACUAUGACGUUCCUCUCAAUCACUAAUACGGAAACGCAUAACAAUGGUCUAGUAUGAUGGAGUAACCACAGUUGUGAAAGUAACAAUGUAGUUGCAACUUUGGAAUGGUUUCGAAUAUUAAUAUAGAUUACCUCAUUUAUGUUACAUUAGUAAUUUCUAAAAUGACAAAGAAUCAGGAAUACUAGAAGAAUUCGUCACGGUUGCUCGUGUAUAGUAGAUCAUUUCACAACUGUUGUGAAAAUACAGUUUUGAUUAAAGUCAAGAAUCGCAGUAGAAGUAACCAGUAUAUAGAUUCACAGCAGGUAUGUGCAUUGGACUCUAGCAACUAGUUUUUAGUUUAGUUAAUUUAUUAUGCACUCCAUACCCAUCCUCUGAGUCGUAAUACCCCCCCAUACGUUUAAUGUGAUUGGUAAUGGCUCCAUACCCAUCCUGUGAGUGAUAAUGCCCACAUACCCAUGCUGUGAGUGAUAAUGCCCACAUACCACAUAUCCGGUGAGUGAUAAUGUCCCAUACCCAUCCUGUGAGUGAUAAUGCCCACAUACUCAUGCUGUGAGUGAUAAUGCCCACAUACCACAUAUCCGGUGAGUGAUAAUGUCCCAUACCCAUCCUGUGAGUGAUAAUGCCCACAUACCCAUGCGGUGAGUGGUAAUAGAAAAUGAUACCGAGAUAACAUAAUGGGCUCAGAAUUGAACGCCAAACUGUGUUUAGCUAAGCACAUUACACCGUCUAUGAGAUACAUAGUUAAAAUAUAAACAAAUCAAGUCUCUUCACAGUUUAUUAAGGUAACGUCACCCUAACUCCAACAGGCCUUAACACAGACUGAGUUUGUUACUUGGUUUAAUUGACCUAUAUAUAUGGGUGCCAUACCCCUCCUCUGGGUGUGUGACAGGAAGGUUACUCUCACACAGUUUAAGUACUGGACUGUAUGAUCUUCAAGCUAAACCAUCUACAUAUGCCGUCAGCCAGUUACAAACAAUUGUAAUUUCCCUAUCAUGCACCCCACACUUAUUCAAUGCAUGGCGGCGGAAAGGUUACAGGAAAGGCGCCUGUGUAUAUCGGCCGCCUUUUGAUGUGGCCGACUAGGUUUCUAGUGUGGCAGAAUGCAAUUAUUUAGCAAUACCCUAUACUUAUAUUUUUAGUAUAUCUGUAUUAUUUUGGUUUGGGGAAGAGGGGGGAUAUUUAAAUCAUGGUGAGGGUGGAACCACAACCAUAGACCUAGUGAGAUGGGGGAGCUAGCUGUCUUCCCAUGUUACGAAGAUGUUUGUGAAUGAGUUCAAUAUGCACUGCAAACCGUUGGGAACAUAACAAUACUGAAAUUAGUUUAAAUUGAAUCAUUAACUAGCGUGGUCCAGUAGGCGGGAGUCACGCUUAGAACCACACAACGGUCACAAUAAUUCUGACAUUUUUGUUGUUUCAGUAACGUGUAUAGAUAUGUGUAUUUUGUUGUUGUUAAGAUAAAUUUGUUAGUAAAGGAAUGUUUGGCUAGCUUUUGCAUAUUGUUGUAAAUUGUUAAAAAUGUAGUUAAGAAUUUACCUUAAAACUGACAUUAAGAAAUCCGUCCUCAGACCAAGUCCAUUCCAUCCAGCGGUCAACCCCAAAGACGCAUUCAACAAUUUUAACUUGCUGUUCAUUAAAAAUAGUAUUUUUUUCAAAUAUAAAUUAAUAUUGUUCUAUAU